UACAUUCUAGAGCCUGACUGCCAGUCUCCCUUUCUGCCACAAUGAAAUCAAACCGCUUUUCUGUAUGACUGCAACCUGAAGCACACGCUCGUCUCAUCAAAGCAGCCGGGCAGAGGAAUCGCUGGACCCUAUUAUUGAUCUACCACUUGAUGCGCAAAGUUGAAAGUGUUGUUGGUUCGAGUUCUGUUUGGACCCCCCUCCGCCAAUGAUGAGAGGCAUGACGCUGUUUCUGAUCUGCGUUUUAUGAACGGGCGGAAAUAUACGCCCUCUCGAGCUAUUAAAUGAAGUUGUCUGUUCCUGAAAGAAGGUUUGGGGAUUCAACACUGGAGCCUGCUCGGAGACUGCAUAGCGGCGUGCCAGGGUACCUACCACUGAAAAAAUGAGUGCUGUCAUCUGGAACCCGGAGCUACUGAAAACAAGGACGAGGCCUCUGUCCAGGCUGCUCCUGGUGUGUGCCCUCCUCUCCUUGUCCCUCGCCCUGCCUCGCACCCAUGCCUUCCCCAGCUGCUGCCAUCUCCGCCGCUGCCACUGCCGCCUGCUGGAGCUGUUGUACGGGCCGGGGAACCACGCCAUCGGCAUCCUUACCAUGGGUAGGCGCAGCUCCAGCUCGGGGCUGCAGGGGGCACUCCGGAGCUCAGGAAGAGAGGCCCAGACUGUGGAGAUGGAACCCCAGAGGACAGGGGGAAACAGCAGCGGGACCCUGCCUCAUAUCGGGACUCUCGUGACCCGGCAAGAGUUCUGUGACAUGCUGCUCCGCCAGCACAUGCAGCGGUGCCUCUGGGGGUCCCAAAGGGGGGAGUGUGAGACCUUCCUGAUCAGGCUGUGUGUUGCAGUCAGCAGGGGGGUGUAGUGGCUGGGUUUUCAAUUUCAUUCACAAUAACUUCCACUGUCCACCAGAUCAGUGCAAAUUGACAGAUUGUUUGUUUUUCCUUUGGCAAUUAAAAUAUACAUAUAGACUAUGUAAAUUCUUAGCCCCUGGAGCAUGAAUUCGGAGGCUGACCAGGGGAUUGAACACCUGCGACAGCUCUGGUCUUAGUGAUGCUUCAAUGAUGUACCUGCGCAGAGAGGCAGUGUGGAGCAGCAUUCUGCACACAGCUUCCAUCAACAGGGUAUCUAUAAUGAUGAUGACUUGCAAUAUCCAGAACUCUCUCUCUGCCUUCCUGUGCUCUCAUUGAACCAUCUCAGAGCCCGUCCACACGGCCUCUCGAGUAGGGAGAUGCACCUGUAUCAGUCUUUAAAUGAUGAAUGCAUA